UCAUAAAAAACAACAACACACAUUUCAAAGAACUCUGAGAUGGUAAACCAAAGAGGGUUACAUGUAGUGAUGAUGAUCAUCACUGUUUGGCUUCUUUAUGCAGCACCUAACAUCCAUGGCUGGGGAAAAGAAGGUCAUGAAAUCAUCUGUAAAAUCGCUCAGACUAGAUUGGAUGAAACCGCAGCAAAGGCGGUGAAAGAGCUGUUACCUGAAUCCGCAGAAGGAGACUUGUCUAGCUUGUGUCUUUGGGCUGAUCGUGUCAAGUUUAGAUACCACUGGUCUUCUCCUCUUCAUUACAUCAACACUCCUGAUGCAUGUUCAUACCAAUACAAUAGGGACUGCAAGGACGAAGCUGGAGAGAAAGGAAGAUGUGUUGCAGGAGCCAUUUACAAUUACACUACACAGCUUCUUUCCUACAACACUGCAGCUUCAUCUCAGUCACAAUACAACUUAACCGAGGCCCUGCUCUUCGUGUCCCAUUUCAUGGGUGAUAUCCAUCAGCCUCUACAUGUGGGUUACGCUUCAGACAAAGGAGGGAACACCAUCGAAGUACAUUGGUACAGGAGAAAAGCUAACCUCCACCAUAUAUGGGAUUCCAAUAUUAUCGAAACAGCUGAAGCAGAUCUCUAUAACUCUGAACUAGAAGGAAUGGUGGAUGCACUCAAAAAGAAUAUCACGACAGAAUGGGCAGAUCAAGUCAAGAGAUGGGAGAGUUGCACAAAGAAAACAGCAUGCCCAGACAUAUAUGCAUCCGAAGGAAUUCAAGCAGCCUGUGACUGGGCAUACAAGGGGGUAACUGAAGGAGACACUCUAGAAGAUGAAUACUUUUAUUCACGUCUACCAAUAGUGUAUCAGCGCUUAGCACAAGGAGGGGUGAGACUGGCAGCUACCCUAAACAGGAUUUUCGGUUGAAGCCGAGUUUAUAGCAUUUGAUUACUCUAAGCCUGUCUUAGUAGCAGAUUAAGAACUGCAUGUUGAAACUUGAAACUAAGAAAUUGCAGAUUGCAAG